AUGGCCAUUGGGGAUAUCUUUUUGGGUUCCUUCUUUCAAAUUCUGCUUGACAAGUUGGCUUCUCUGGGAUUGGACUAUGCUCAACGGGAAGGAAGUAGCACCACCCUCCUCCAUAAGUGGAAGGGGAUGCUAGAAACAAUCUAUGCUGUGUUGGGUGAUGCAGAGGAUAAGCAAUUGAGCGGUGACAAUCUAGUGAAGCUAUGGUUGGAUGAUGUUAGGGACUUGGCCUAUGACAUGGAAGACUUGCUCGAUGAUUUUGAGAUCAAGGCUACUCAGGCCAAGUCGGAGACAGAAUCUACAACAAGUAGAGGUCAGUUGAAAAGAAAGUUUUCUUUCUUUAGCCGACCACGCUUACUUGUGUCUAAAACCAAGUUACAAGAGAUCAGUGGCAGGUUUGAAGAGAUUGUCACCGCAAAGGCUCCCCUAAGCUUGAUGAAGAAUGUUGUGGAUAGAUCCCACUACACCAACAAAAGGCUACCUAGUACUUCUCUACCGGAAUUUCAAUUUUUCGGUAGGGAGAAGGAAGAAGCACAAGUACUUGAAUUAUUAAUCAGUGAUGUCCAAAAUUCCGAUGCUACUCUGAGCAUAAUCCCCAUAGUUGGGAUGGCUGGUGUUGGAAAGACAGCCUUGGCUCAACGAAUAUAUAAUGAUGCAAGAGUGAGUAGCUAUUUCGAGAGGAAAGCAUGGGUUUGUGUUUCAGAUGUUUUUGAUGUUCUCGACAUAACAAAGACUAUUUUGCGGUCAAUCACUGGACUGCCCUAUGAGGACAAAGAUCUUAAUGGGCUUCAAGUAAAGUUGAAGGACAGUCUAUCCAGAAAGAAGUUUCUUGUAGUUUUAGACGACGUCUGGAAUGAGAAGUAUGUAGAAUGGACAUCCCUCUUAAAGCCAUUUGAAGUGGGGGUUAAGGGAAGUAAGAUCAUCAUUACGACACGCAACCUUCCUGUUGUUUCCAUAACAGGAGCUUUGCCAUAUCCAUUGAAAGAGUUAUCGAUCGAUAAUUGUAUUGGCUUAUUAGCCUUUCAUGCUCUGGGAGCAAGAAAUUUUGAGAGGCACCCAAAUCUUGAAAUAAUAGGCAAUAAAAUAGCUGAAAAAUGUAGGGGUUUACCUUUGGCAGCAAAGAUGUUGGGUGGUCUCCUACGUAAUAAAGAGAAUCCCGAUGAAUGGGAAGCCAUCUUAAAUAACAAAAUAUGGGAUGCAAUGAUGGAAAAAAAUGAUGAGGUUCUUCCAGCUUUGAAAUUGAGCUAUGUCAAUCUUCCUUCGUAUUUGAAGAGAUGUUUUGUUUAUUGCGCAGUAUUUCCAAAAGCCUAUGAAAUUGAUAGGGAUGAGCUAGCACUCUUAUGGAUAGCAGAGGGGUUUUUAGAUGGACAAAAAGCAAAAGAGAAUAUCUUGAGAUUAGGACGGAAUUACUUUGAUGAGUUAGUAUCUAGAUCAUUUUUCCAACAAUCCAGUGUUCACACAUCAAAGUUUUUAAUGCACGAUCUUUUGAAUGACCUAGCAAAGUCAAUUGCAGGUGCAACGUGCUUUACCUUUGGGGAGUCUUGGGAAGUGAAUGAUGAAGAUGAUGCCUCUUUCAAGAAAGCUCGUUAUGCAUCAGUCAUGUCAUCACUGCAUCUUACAUCAAGAUGCUUGAGAGCAUAUGAAGGUAUGAAGGUGCUAAGAAGUUUAACGGAUUGUCCUAAUGUUACAUCAUUGCCCUCGCUUGGACAGCUCCCUUUACUCAAGGAAUUAUAUCUUCAAGGUCUACAUGCAGUAAGCGUGAUAGGCUCUGAAUUUUGCGCAGCUAAAAAGCCUUUUCCAUCCUUAACAACUUUGAAGUUUGAAGAGAUGUUGGCAUGGAAGGAUUGGUCUCAUUAUGCCGAGGGCCAAGAAAAAGAAGUCCCAUUCUCCUAUCUUCAACAUCUUGUUGUCCGAAACAAUCCUUCGUUGGUUGGGACAUUACCUUGUCAACUUGAUCACCUCAUAAAGCUUGAAAUCCAUUCAUGCCCGCAUAUGAAAAACUCAACCAAUGUAGUUUGUCUUCCAUCUCUCAAUGAGUUAUAUCUUGAGAAUUGUAACAAAGAGAUCUUAAAGAGCUUGGUCAAGCUAACUUCUUUAACCAUUCUCAAAAUUGGGAAUCUUAUAGAGCUUGUUUGCUUUGAUCAUGGGUUUAUGAGUUGUUUGGUCAAGCUAAAGGAGCUUCAUAUAAGACGGUGUGACAAGCUAGCAUACUUGUGGCAAGAUGGAAAUGAUAUGCAAAAUCUUACUUGCCUUAAGGGAGUGAUCAUUGAAAGCUGUUCUCAUUUCACAACUUUUUUGGCUGGAGAUAAAGAGACAGAGCUACCUUGCAACCUUGAAAGAAUGGAAUUGAGGAAUUGCAUAAGUUUAGAAAAGCUUCCAAGCAAUAUGCACACCCUCAGAUACUUGGGCAUUGAUAAUUGUCCAAAAAUCACUGGACAGACUGUUCCUCGAGGUGACCCCAACAGCAAUAACCCGAUAUCUCAACUUGAAUUUUUGCGGCUUAGUCAUUGUUAUUUUCUGACAUUCUUUCCGUUUACCAAAGGUAGACCUAUUUUUCUAAAGAUGCUUCAUAUUGAGGGGUGCAAGGGAGUGGAGUCGUUGGAAGAGGUCAUCGUAAAACCACUAGAAUCUUUGACUAUUGGCGGCUGUGAGAAUCUUGGAAGUCUACCAGAGUGCCUUCAAAGGCUCUCCAAUCUAACUCAUUUAAAAAUUUGGAAUUGUCCAACAUUGGAGAUAGAGGAAAUUCCCUUCCCUUCCCAUCACCUUGUCGUGGCUUACACUUUGGAAUUGUCCGAAGAUAAAGUCACUACCAAAUCAGUGGCACCAUCUUAA